CAACUAUACUUGUGCAAGAGCCCCAUUUCCCCGGAUCACCAGGAUCUGACAGGUCGGAAAGGGGAAGCCAUUGCAGUUGGUGGAAUAUUUGGUGUCUCACCUAACAUGAGGGACACAACGUGGCUUCUUGACCCCAGCAAUACACACUACGAUCUGGAGGCCAAACUGGAUGUAAUCUUUGGAGCAAGAUCCAUAAGUGCCAGCAAAGAGGUGUCCUGCAGAGGCUACAAGCCCAACUUUCCCAGUGUCUCCCGCUGUGCUCCCAGUGAGGCACUGCAGAGGCUCAAGAAUCACUGGAACAUCGAAGGUGCUGGGCAAUACUUGGCAACAGACUAG